CCCCCCCUUACAACUCUCUCACCCACCCUUCCCUCUCCCUCACUCUAAUUUCUCCUUUCCAGACAUGUUCUCCUCCAGCAGCAGCAGUAACAGCAGCAGCGAUGGCCGACAAGAGAUGAUCAACGACCACAAAUUCUUCUCACGCCUUCUAUCAAAAGAAAUCUCCGCAAGCAAUCCAUCCUUCCGCGUCUACUACGGCGUGGCACCCGGCUCCGUUCCCUUCCUAUGGGAAUCCCAGCCCGGCACCCCCAAGCACACCGCAGCCGCCGCUCCUCCCCCCCCACUCGCCCCUCCUCCUUCCUACUACUUCAACUCAUCCCCAAACUCCGUCAAGAAAUCUCCCAGGCAGCGCAAACUCAUCCACGCCGUCCUUCCCAGACUCUCCCUCCGUAAGCCUCACCCUGCGCAGAGACCGCCGUCGGUUUCGUCGUCAUCGUCGUCCGGCCGUUCGUCGUGGGAGGAGGAGGAGAACUAUGAGGCUCGGAUGUCGCCAACUUCAACGCUGUGUUUCGGCGACCGGCUGGCGCUCAAGAAGGCGCUGAUGUAUAUUGUCGGCCAUGGGUUGGGCCACGGGUCAUCGGAUUAGUGUUAACAGGUUUCGGGUCAGCGCCUCUGCUACAUCUUAAUUUAGUUUUUGGAAUAAUUAGUAUUAAUUAAUAAUUAAGAAGUCAAGUGAGAGUGGAAUAAUGUGGAAAGAUGUCUGCUGCAGUUGUGAUCUGUAUGUUACCAUCAGUAUGGUUUUCUGCUUCUUAAUGAAUAGUUGUUGAUUGAAAACUUCUUUUUUUAUUGAUUAUUAUGCUAAUAAAAUGGUUUA